AUGAGCCAAGACAACAGCCUAGACGUCCAAGACCAACUGCCGGCUUGCUACAGAUGCCAUGCCUCCAAGGUCCGCUGUCGGAGAACGCCAGGCCAGGUGCGGUGCCAGCGUUGCACCCGCGCAGCAUACUCUGACUGCUAUCCGCGGCCCUCUCGCCGCGGACGCAUCAGCCAGCAGCAGACGCGAGGGUUGAGCGGGAUAUUAAUGACACAAAAAGGGGUUGAAGAGGGCAGCCUGCCCGCAGUGUCCAGCAACAUGCCUGCUGAACCAGGCGACGAGCUGCAUGAGCAAAGGCAUGACAGUGACGCGGCCGAUCCACUGCUGGACCUUUUUGUGGGACCCGUGGCCCCUGGUGGGGAUGGCCUUUCCGAUUUGCUAUGGACCCCACUUGUCAGCGACUUUGAUCCGGACUCGGUACACAGGCCUCUAGCUCUCACUACUACCACUCCAAGCCAGCCGAGCGCGUCUAGCAAUAAUACGGGCAUUAGUCUCUCGGAACCGCUUCCAGACAGCGUCACAGCCUCAUCAGCAUCUAGCAGCCGAUAUAAGGCGGGCGAUGCAGGUAGGGUGAUGGGGGGUAGCGAGAGAUGGGAAUCACGUAAUGAUUCCGGUCUGGACAAUUCCAGACUAUCCUCGGCCUCGUACAUGCAGGCCCUCACGGACCUCAACGCACAGAUGCUCUCACAGCAAGACAGCAUGUUGGAAUGCAUCCGCCAGUUCCUUGCGGCGCCAAUAAGACACUCGCACAACCGCCCAUCCUCCGCCCCCGGCGAGCGCAGCAGGAGGAACAGCCCCAGAAGCGACACAGUGAUCGCCCCCAUCUCGGAAGGUCCCGUCGAAGCCGCCCUGCGUCUCGGGCUCGCCCUCCGCUCCCUCCUCCGCCCCCACCAGGUUUGCGAGCGCGAUAUGCCUACCGCCCUCUUCCUCCUCAGCACGGUCCUCCGUCUGGCCUCACUGCUCCACGACCUCUUGGCCCGGCUGCAGGGUAUGCUCGCCCAGGAAACCGACAAGAACGCGUUGUGCGCGUUUAUCUUCCCACCUGUCCGGCUGGGGUCAUUACUGCUUGAUGAGCGGUUCGACGACCAUCUUCGGCCGCUGCAGGUGCACUCCAUUGCCAUGGCGCUGAGCACGGCAGAGGGGUUGAUCGACGAGGUGAUUCAGCUCACGGAAAAAUCACUGCCUGAUCACAUCAGCGAUGCGUCCGGGGCGAUGGAUGAUGGGGAAGGGGAUACGAAGGAUGACUUUGGACUGCAGGCCUUGACGCGGGCGCUGGUGGCGAAGCAGGAGGCGGUGGUGGAGAGUAUUUCGGGACUGAGGGACAUCCUGUCUUGCUCAUGA